AUGCAGGCACUCCGUCCUGUUGACCGAGUGGCCAGGCCUCGACUGCCAGCACGCCACAGCCAGUGCGCCAGGGCGACCAAGCAGCGGAUCCUGUCUCUCGUGUCCGACCUGGAGCGCAGCGCGCCCUUCCGCCCCGACACACCCGGUGCCGCCGACGCCCUGCUGGGGGAGUGGGCGCUGGUGUUUGCGAGCGACGGCACCGUCGUCACCCGCACCGCGCCCGCCCAGCUGCUGGCGCAGCUGACGGCGCUGCCCGGCGUGGGGCUGAUGAACAUCCGGCAGCAGCUGGAGAGCCCCGCAGACGGUGGGGCCAGUGGUGGGGCCCUGGGGGAUGCUUGA